CCUCAGUCCCUCCCAUCUAUUUCUAACACCUCCCUCACUACCCUCCUUCCCUCCCUCAUCCUUUCUUCUUCGCUCUAUCUCGCUCUCUCGCUCUCUCGCUUGAAUCUCGCUCUCUUGUUAGUUUUUUAUCAAUGAAGCAAUUCAUCCGUCGCCUUUCCCGAGUUGCCGAUUCGUCCCAGUACUGCCUUCUUCGGUCCGGCUCCCGCGCUGGAGUCUCGUCGAGAGCCCGUCGGUCCGAAUCCUUCAGAAAACCCUCCAAAGACCGCCGAUCCGGAGUCCCCGAAGGUCAUCUUCCCGUUUACGUUGGAGAAGAGAUGGAGAGGUUUAUCGUCAGUGCCGAGUUCUUAAACCACCCGAUCUUUGUCUUGCUUUUGAAGAAAUCGGCCCAGGAGUACGGGUACGAACAGAAGGGCGUGUUGAGGAUUCCCUGCCACGUAUUCGUCUUCGAACGGGUUCUUGAAGCGUUGCGUGUUGGAGAUAAUGCAAGAGAUCUAGAAGAACUUGUGCACUCGUUAUCUGAUGAUUUCCUCUAGUUUCCGCCCUUCUCUCUCUUACUCCUCUGUUUUGGUCUCUUCUUUCGAUUUUUAUCUGAUUUUGUGAGAUCUGAUUAGAAUAUACUAGAUCUUCUUGUAUAUACUCUGCGGCAGAAAACGAGAAAAUUAAAGAAACAAAGUUAGGGUUUUUACCGAAGCUGUUUCAUGGUUGGUGGUAGAGUCUUGUAAAGAUCAGAUUCUAAUGAAACAGAAAUGGAGAUUGACUCGUGUGCCCUAAUCUCUCUUUUGGUUCUUUA